ACCGGAAUAUGUACAUUUUUUUCUGAGUGUCUUGUUGCAUGGCGCUUAGAGAUGAGCAGCAAAACGGUAAAAGGCCAUUAACAAACGCCUAAUGGCGCACUUGAGACACUUUGCAGCCAAGGGGGCGUGGUCGGUGGGCUAAGGGCGGAGGGCGGAGGGCGAAAUAGGGUUAAGCUGAUAAUGCGAAUGGAUCUGCUGCGAAAGUCGCCCUAAAUGGCCAAGCGGGCGAAGUUUCCCCUUCCCCUUCCUCGUCCCGUUUUCAUUUGCUCACUUGCUGCGCUCGAAAAUUAAAGUAUUAAAUAUUUAUCCAGUGCACGGAAGAAAUCACAUUACCUCGGCAAUGUGUCGCGGUAAUAUACAAAAAUGGAGCCUCUAAUGCAUAUGUGAAAUGAUCAACCAAAGGGCCAUUUAUCAGCAUCCCCGAAGUGAGCUGGGAAAAGUGUAAAAAUAAGCAAGCAACCUGCAACUAACAAGCAAACAACAGCCAUAACAAUUUGUCAAGUACACAACCACACACCCAAAAACACAAAGCAGGUGAAAAUCCAAAUAAACGCGCGCGUUUUAAAACGCCCCAAAGCAGCGAGAGGCGGGCAAAGGAUUAUCGCGAUGGCAAGGACCACGGAACUGAAGCUGGCUAUGGUGGAUCCUGCGAAAUGAAUUUAUGCCUGUGCAGUUUUCCAUCGAUUUUCGUCUUGCGCCACAACGGACUGGGGAUGAAACACCAAACACAUAAAACGGAUUUGAUAUUCAAAAAAUAUGCAGAAACAAGAAAAAAGGCGCGAGCUGCGCCUGAAGCGAUUCUGGCGCUCCCCCAAGACCACAUCCUCGGAGGACUCCAAUGGCUAUGAGAGUCCCACGAGGACGAAGGCGUCCAGUGCCGGCGGCAGCAGCGAUGCCCAGAGAUUCAACCACCUGCACUACACCAGCCUGUCGCAGGGAUCGGGCACCUCCUCCUCGGCCGGCGGAGCCACUGCAUCCGGAGCGGGGGCGCCGUCUCUUGGGCAGUCCGGCAACAACAAGCCCUCCUGCUCGCUGCCACUUUUGCAGGUGUGGCCCAGCCAGGAUUCGCCGCGCGGCGAGGCGGAUGGCCAGUCCUUCGUGUUCCCGGCCAUUGUGGAGACGAGUGUCAGCAGUCCGACGGCCGUGGCCAGCGGAAGUGGCAGUAUCGGGAGCACCAACCUGAGUCUGAACGCCAGGAGGAGCAGCAACCACCUCAGCUUAUCCACGGACCGGCGGAGUUCUCUGUACUGUGAUACCCUGCACGCCGGCGACUCCGGCAUCGACUCGGUGCAGGCCUCGCCCUCGCCGAACGCCUUCAUAGCUCCACCGGGGGUUCACAACCUGCCGCUGGGCCAGACGGGCGGCGGAUCCUGCCAUGUGUCGCCCACCAGCACGCCCACCCAGGGAUCACCCAAUUUGUCGCUGGGCCGCAGGAGCAUGCGAAACAGCAUUUGCGUGGUGCCCAGUGGAAACGGACGGAGGAAGUCGAGCGCCCUGCUGCAUCCGGACCACGCCCGGCUGUUCGCCCUGCGGAUGAAGCAUGCGGCCGCCCUGGAGAGGGCACAAACCUCUCCGGACCAAACCUCCAUCGAGGACGCCAACGAGUUCCACGACAAUGGACUGGCCACCAACCUGCGGCUGUGCUCGGCCUCCUCGUCGACGACGUCGUCGCUGACAUCCGUGGCCGCGGUCAGCCUGGGCGGUGCCGGUGGUGCGGGUGGUGCGAACACGACCUGUGGCUCCUCCUCCGGCUCCGCCUACGCUGUGGGCGCGGCGGGCGUCCAGCAGCGCGUCUCCGAUCCCUGGCUGCAGCCGCAAUCCGAUCGGGAACGGGACUCCCGGCACGACGGCAGGCGCAGGUCCUCCACGAUGACCGCUCGCUACUCCUUGUUCGAUGCCCUGGACCUGGAGUACGUGCUCUUGAGGGCCGCUGCCCGCGGUUCCGUGGGUCCCUACAGCCUCAGUGAGUCCAUACACAAGCUCACCUUCACCCAGUCAUUGGCUUUCCCGGCUCUGGCCCGUGGCCUGGCCACCAAACGGCGGAGGUCGGCUACGCACACCAGCUCACGGCCCCUGAAUCCCCAUGAGUCCGGUCUAAAUACCUGCGCCAAGGUGGUCACCGCCGUCGUCCUGGUGGCCCUGUCCUUCAUGGUGUUCCUCAUCGUCUACAAGUUCGUGAGGACGUGAGGUUUGCUCCUGGCCCCGUCGCCAGAGCUCCCAGUCACAUAUCAGGCCAACUACGGAGCGGAGGAGGGGUCCACAUCGGAGGGGUCCUCCAUCAUCUCGUCGGCGGGCCGCAGUCUGGGCAAGCACAUGUCGGGGUUCAGGAGAAAAUGGGGUCUACGUGAGGCCGACUUCGAGUGAUCUUCGGGAAGAUCGUUUGAACAGACAUAAGAACACUGGUCGCCAACUCGGAAAGGAUUAAUAAAGAAAAACGUUUAAUAAUAUUACAUAUUUGCUUGAAAAGUACCUACGAAAACCAUUUCGUUUUGGUAAAAAAUGGCCGACCAGUGACAUUUUUGUGAUAAAUGAAAGCUAAUUUUUCCACAAAAGAAAAGCAACAGAGAAAAACAAGGGUGGAACAUGUGCAUGUAAGUUAAUAAAAUAAAUAAAAGGCUUAAACACUUAGUAAAAACAGCUUCAAGAGGCUUGCCAGAGUUUCAUCAAAUUUAUAAUAUACUUAUGAAUAAUAUUUUUUAUAAAUAUAAAAUCGCAGCUCGCAUUUCCUAGGCUCCUAUUUAGCGAAGAUUUUUGAAUGGAAAUCCAAAUCCAGUUUCAUUGUUUGCAGUUGAAGUGCCUAACUAAUUUUAAUCGAACUACAAAUUACAUUAAUAAUCGCUUAAUUUUGUUCUCUUCUUAAAAACGAAUUUAGAAAUUGGCAGCUGCUUGGAAAAAGAAACUGCUUAUGCGAUGCUGUAGUCCAAAUAAUUUUCCAGUAGAUAACUUUUUUGAAUGAAAAAUAAAAUUGGUGGAGGAAACUGAGAGGACAUGCAUAUGAUUUAAACCUCAUUUUAUGGCAUUAUUUUAAAUUACUUUAGAAAAAAAGUUACAGUUUUAAAUGAGCAUUUGGUUUUUUAAGGCAUUGUUAUAUA